AUGGCCUCCCGAGUGCUCCUUGGGAGAUUCUCUACUGCGAGAGCGUCGUCCUGGCGUACUCUGACGCCGUCAAGAACUUACGUCGCUGUCGCCCGGACGUUCACACCCCGCGCAGCCUCAGCCACAAAAGGCGCAUCCACAAAGACUGCUCUCCAAGCAGCGAAGGCAAGCACCACAGUCGGGAAGGGUAAUUCUGACAACCUAGAGUCUCUCUCAAACACAUCAGAUGAGAUAGAUGUUCCUCCAGAAGAAUUGUCAGUUCCCGCUGAGAGCCUGCCCUCCUCUGCCGUGCUGUCGCAACCGCCCUCGCCAACCCCUUUCCCAUCCGAAGCUAGCGAACUCUCCGAUGCGCUCUCGAAUGGAGUCGUCGGGGAAACUACAUCCACCGACUGGUCGAAGAGCUACUAUGGUCUCUCCCGGCAGCCGUUCUCCAAAGAUGUUUCCGAGGUCCUGUUGUCCCCAAUAGACCCUCAGGAUGUAGAGAUGAAACCUGACGGGCUAAUAUACCUUCCCGAAAUCAAGUAUCGGCGUGUGCUCAACAAGGCGUUCGGACCCGGUGGUUGGGGGUUAGCCCCUAGGAGCGAGACUAAUGUCGGUCCCAAGGUCGUUAGCAGAGAAUAUGCGCUGGUAUGCCUGGGAAGACUAGUGGCGAUUGCACGAGGAGAGCAGGAGUACUUUGACCCCUCAGGCAUCCCGACGGCGACUGAAGCCUGCAAGAGCAAUGCUCUCAUGCGUUGCUGCAAGGACCUCGGUGUUGCUAGCGAGCUCUGGGACCCGCGGUUUAUCCGAGAGUUCAAGCAAAAAUAUUGCGUUGAGGUGUUCGCCGAAAACCUAGUGACGAAGAAGAAGAGAAAGCUGUGGAGACGCAAAGACCAGCCAAAAUUUGAUUAUCCAUGGAAAGAGUAA